AUGGUGACCAAGAGGAUCCGCUCUGAGUACAUGAAGAAAUUCAAAGACCCCAAAUGGGAGACCUACACCAAAUGUUACGAGGAGAUGCUGAAGUACAGACUGACCCGCAGGCUGCUGGAGCAGACACACAACCCCUGGUUCUGGAACGGCUCCGACAGCGACUCGGAGUCUGGAGGAAAAAGCCCUCCUCAUCAUCCUCCUCAUCCUCUCAGCAAGAACCAGGUCCGAUGUGAGGCCAACACAGAGGCUGAGCAGGAGGAGAGUGAGGGGUCGAGGACGGAAAGACUUGUACCCAGGCUUCUCCUUCCAGAUGAGGGGGAGAGUGUGUCAGCUAAACAACCUGCACUCCGUGGUUCCCAGCUAGAGGGUGCCAGAGAGUCAGGAGUACCAGAGGAGGAGGAGAAGGAGGAGAGAGGGGAACAGAGAGCCAGCAGCACUCACAGAGCGCUAGACCAAGAGGGAGACCCUGGAGUUCCCCACCCACAGCGGAGCAAACCCCCUAAAAUGUCCAAAAGAACUUGGCGAUCCCAGCGAGUCAGGCCUGCGCCAGCCCUGCAGCCCAAAGAGGAAAGUAAAGACAGCAAACAUCCUUUUGCUCUAUACGGUUCAGGGGAGAAGGACGCAGACAUUGCAGGCAGGAAGACACACAACGUGGGCCCUUCCGCUUCAACUACUCAGAUCCACGAGUCAGCUCUACGUGCUAAGACCAGACGGGAGGUGGAGCGCCAGAUCCAGACUCAGAGAACAGAACGGCGGAGAGCCAAGUCUGCUGAUCUGGACAAGGCCAAAAAGCUGGUUCAACCUGAGUUCAACCCCUGGCUCACUGAGUAUAUGCGCUGCUUCUCAGCUCGCUCCAGAUGAAGUACACACACACAUAUUCAGCUGAAAUAGUUGCAUCAUGAAGAUGAUUUCU